AGCCCGUUGCCAUCACUAUAUCUGUUUUGGGUCUUUUGACUUAGAGAGUGGAGACAGUGAAAAAUUGACUUGGGCCACAUGGCUAAUUAUAUUAUUAGGCCUCUAAAUUGAACUAGGCCGGACUGCAAGCCCAAAGGGCAAAAGGCCUCGAAGUCCCUUCUAUGGUGUGUGAAAGAGCCGCAAAGGAGCUUUAUCGGAUUUAUCCAAAGAGGGGUUUUGUUUGGGCUCUUUAUGAUGAAGCUGCAUUCGCUACAGAAGGAAGAAACCUUUCAGCUGGUGAUAAACGUUGCUACCACGUAGCUUUGUCUCUAACUACUUAUAGUGAGAUUCAUGGGCUGAGCAUGGCAUACCUUGAGAAAGUUGAUGGGUUCAAGACAAUAUUUAAGAGACAAGAGAUUGGAUGUCACGUUAUUAGGUGGCUUGAGAAGGAUGGUCUUUGUUUGUUUUCGCAUCAGAUUCCUGCAAGGAAGCUUUUCAGUGAUGUCCCUGACCAUUUGAAACACUACUGGGAACUUGAUCCUGCUUCACUUCCUUCUGAUCCGCUUACUACUGGCUGGAAAUGAGGAUGUCUAUUUGGGAAACUGAUGUACUAACUGUAUAGUUUUCAUUUUUGUUUAGGCAUACAAGGUAAUUAAGUUGUUGAUGUUUCUACGGCAAAUCAUAACUAUUGUAGAUGCCUCUUUGUUUAUAAUUGGCUUCAUGAAUAUAUCUUUAACAUCCGUUUCCUUUAUGAAUCAAAUGAAAAGUAGCAGCUGAGCUUGUUAGUAACCAUGAGAGGUUUUCAUUUUUGAGUUUAUGAUCUUUAGUCAGUAGCGAUGCAACUUUCUUUUACAUCUCCAUUUGUUCCUGUCAGAAAUAGAUGCUACUUUUGUGC